AUGAAGGAGUUUCCAUCCAAGCUCUCUGCAUCCGGCUGGGACCUUGGUGCCGUUAAAUCUCAUCCCACGACGGGCUUCAGCGGCACGAACGACUCACGUCAAGUACUCCCACUCAGCGUCCAUUAUCUUGAUUCCGAAAAACAGAACCACACCAAUGCCCUAGUGUUGGCUUACCUACUGCAGGAUGAGAAUUCUGUUAAAUUGCUACCGUCGCAGGCAGAUGCUGAGCAUCUACUGGAGAUCGUCGACGCAAUGGAACUACCGACUCGGGUAAUCCUCGAUGCUGGUGCGCAAAUAUUGGAGCUCAGUAACUUUCAAGUGGCUGAAACGUGGCUUCGCAUAAGCAACUCAAACGGCAUCAAGGCAAAAGCAGCCAUCUUCUUCAACGACAACGAAGAACUCUCGGUUCUCGAUCACAAUGGCUGCGUUGAACGACUGCAAACAUCGCCGUUUUCGAAGCAUCUGGAAGAAUGUCUUGUAUACCUCGACCAGGCCCACACCCGGGGAACGGAUCUGAGGAUGCCGAAGCACUACCGGGCCGCCGUAACGUUAGGCGCAAAAUUGACAAAGGAUGCGCUAGUGCAAGCAUGUAUGCGGAUGCGGAAGCUGGGCAAGGGUCAGUCAAUCGUCUUCUGCAUCCCGGAAGAAAUACAGACAAAGAUUCUGCAGUGCACCUCAAAGUCGUGCAGUACAGAGAUAGAAGUUUCCGAUCUUUUGGCAUGGGCAAUCGCAGAGACGUGGGCAGACAUGCGGCGGAACAUACCUUUGUGGGCUGCUCAAGGUCACCGCUAUGAGGACCACAAGGGUUACCUGAAUGGAGCGGAAACAACUGUAGAACAAGCGAAAGCGUUUCUCGAAACAGAAGCGCAAAGCCUCGAAGAUCGCUAUCGACCUCGUCCUGGUAAUCUAUCCGAUGCAAUGAGGGACUGGGACACCACCAACAGUAGCAUUCGGGAGAUCCUCAAGCGCUAUCGCGACUUCGAAGCAGUGUCUCUAGACACAGCAACGCUUCAAGAAGAGCAAGAGAGAGAGCUCUCUCCAGAAAUCGAGGAAGAGCGCGAAGUUCAGAGACCUGCACCUAUGGAAGCUGAGAAGCACGAACUGCACCCCGAUCUUGUCAGACUGGUAGACGCUGGCAUCUUUUCGGCAAGAUCAGACGCAUUCAUACCCGCGUUUCAGGCUCUGAAGUCAACGAGUGCUGCAAAACAUUUCGAUCUUGAACGAUUCCCAAAAGACCUGCUCAUGACAGCGGACUUCGAGCGCACUGUCAAGCACCCGCAAGGAGUCAUGUCAGACUUGUACGUCUCGGACUCAUAUCUCAGGCCUGUGCAAUGGAUCCUAUCUAUUGCGACAGGGUAUGAGCCCUCCGCUGAUUGGUGUUUGGUUAUUCUUAGUCCUUUCGAAGCCGAACAACUCGUUGCGAAAGUUCGAAAGUCAAAGCUAGUGACGCUGCAUCUUUACUCUCCGCGUCCCAAUCAGAGCUAUGGCCCACUCGACACGCUUGAUCUGUAUUGCGUUGGCCGCGAGUUCUCCGCAGACAGCUUGAGCCUUCUUCGAAGCCAGAUUGUUCAGCUCAACCUCUUCGCUGGCCAACUGUACUUCCAGUCCCAUGCAGAGCUGCAGGUCGAUGGGUUUAUUGUACCGCCUGCUGGUGUUUGGUGCUUGAACGAGAGUCCUGUACGGUUCUUGAAAGAUUACAUGAAGACGAGACGAGAAGGGGAGGACAUGGAGAAGACGCAUCUCGGUAAAGUGCUUGAGGGUGGCUUGCUGGAGAAGUGCGAGAUCGAUAGCGAGUAG